AAUGAAUUUGGACGAGAAUAGUCAAGUACCAUCUGUUGAACUUUUGACUGAAGAUAUAUUGGUGAACGAUGAUCUAGGCUGCUGUGGAGAUGUUACGGAAAUCGAUCAAGAGCGAAUGUUUGAGUUAUUGGAAAAAAUUUUAAAGAAGUUAGAACUGUCGAAACACCAUCAUGAAAUAGCCGUUUUAAGCUUCCAUUAUAUUAUACAAUAUUCAAUUUCUAAGGAUUUGGCUAAAGUUUUUCUCAGAACUCUGAGCCUUCGAAAUUCGCCGAAGAUUGUUACAUAUGAUUACCCUAUAGUAAUUGCAUCACAACUCAGAACAAUAAACGAGCAUGACAGAAAAUUGGUUAAAGAUUGCGGAAAGAUGUCAACAGUACCUGCAACAUUUUCGAUUGAAACUAUCUUAGAACUUUUUCUGAGCGAAGAAACCGAUAGCGGCGAAGAGUGGCAGAAUUUCGUCCAACGGAUGAAAUUAACAAUUGAAACGGUUUUCUGGAAGGAUAUUGCUUAUGAAAGCGAGUCAUCUCACUUAAAGAGUACUCUAGAGAAGAAAAAGAUUUGCUCUGUCCUUGGACUGACAUACUUAAUAAGAUUCCUACAUGAUACUAAUACAAAGUUUCAACGAAGAGGUGAAGGAAUUUCUAAUCUGAGAUGGUACACCUGUGUAAAUGAACUAGCUUUUUAUUUAGAAAAGCUAGUUAACAAAUUCUAUAGCGCAUCUACGUAUUAUAUUGGAAACUUUUAG